AUGGCUUCACAGCAACCACCUCAACUCGUUUCUAAUUUGCUGCUCCCUGAGCUUGAGCGCCAAUUGAAGGAAGAUCAAAAUCUUUGGCCCAAUGUAAAAGGUCUCUUUAUUGUCACAGUGACAAAGAAGAAGAAGGCUGCUGCCACAUGGUAUCUGCUACUCCAAGGCAAAGAUGUGAUGCCAUUGAUCACUGCCUCUGAGGAAGAUGCGCGCGUAGGUGUCAAGGGCAAAAUCAGAACUGUAAAAGUUCAAGUCGAUGAUGCAGAUCUUUUGAAUUUCAUCACUGGAGGUAUGACUGGUGUCAAGGCCUACAUGACCGGAAAGAUCAAGGUAAAGGGCGAUCUCCUGUUGGCACAAAGAUUGGAAGAGGUUUUUGAAAAGCUUGGUGGAAGAGAGAGAGCCAUUGAUUUCAUCAAGAACAACGAACAAGCUUUAGCAAUGACAAACAAAUCGAAGUUGUAA